CGACAGGGAAGCGCGCGGCGCUGCGGAGCAGAGCUGAGGGCUGGAGCACCAUGAGGGGCCCCGAGCUGCUGCUGCUGCUGCUGCUGCUGUUUCCAAUCUUGCUUACCCUUGGCUUCCCAGGAUCUGGAGAUUCACCGCUAGAAGAUGAUGACGUGGGGUACUCACACCCUAGAUAUAAAGACGCCCCAUGGUGCUCCCCUGUCAAGGUGAAGUAUGGAGAUGUGUACUGCAGGGCCCCUCAAGGAGGAUACUACACAACAGCCUUGGGGACCCGGUGUGACAUUCGCUGCCAGAAGGGCUAUGAGCUGCAUGGCUCUUCCCCGCUGAUCUGCCAGUCGAACAAACGGUGGUCCCACAAGGUCAUCUGUAAGCAGAAGCGAUGUCCUACACUUGCCAUGCCAGUAAAUGGAGGGUUCAAGUGCGUAGAUGGCGCCUACUUUAACUCUCGGUGUGAGUACUAUUGUUCACCAGGAUACACAUUGAAAGGGGAGCGGACAGUCACGUGUAUGGACAACAAGGCCUGGAGUGGUCAACCAGCCUCUUGUGUAGAUAUGGAACCUCCUAGAAUCAAGUGCCCAAGCGUGAAGGAACGUAUGGCUGAACCCAAUAAGCUGACAGUCCGGGUGUCCUGGGAUACACCCGAAGGAAGAGACACAGCAGACGGCAUUCUAACUGAUGUUAUUCUCAAAGGCCUCCCCCCAGGAUCAAAUUUUCCAGAAGGAGACCAUAAGAUCCAGUAUACUGUUUAUGACCGAGCAGAGAACAAGGGCACUUGCAAAUUUCGAGUUAAAGUAAGAGUCAAACGCUGUGGAAAACUCAACGCUCCCGAGAAUGGUUACAUGAAGUGCUCCAGCGACGGGGAUAAUUAUGGAGCCACUUGUGAGUUCUCCUGCAUCGGUGGCUAUGAGCUCCAGGGUAGCCCUGCCCGAGUAUGUCAGUCUAACCUGGCUUGGUCUGGCACAGAGCCCACAUGUGCAGCUAUGAAUAUCAAUGUGGGUGUCAGAACAGCUGCGGCACUUCUGGAUCAGUUUUAUGAGAAAAGGAGAAUCCUCAUUGUGUCUACACCUACAGCCCGAAACCUGCUCUACAGGCUGCAGCUGGGAAUGCUACAGCAAGCACAGUGCAGCCUGGAUCUUCGACAUAUCACUGUGGUAGAGCUGGUGGGCGUGUUCCCGACCCUCAUUGGCAGGAUAGGAGUGAAAAUUAUGCCUCCAGCCCUAGCUCUGCAGCUCAGGCUGUUGCUGCGAAUCCCGCUCUACUCCUUCAGCAUGGUGCUGGUUGAUAAGCAUGGCAUGGACAAGGAGCGCUAUGUCUCCCUGGUGACCCCUGUGGCCCUCUUCAACCUGAUUGACACAUUCCCACUGAGGAAAGAGGAGAUGGCCCUGCAAGCGGAAAUGGGCCAGACGUGCAACACCUGAUGUGAUGGUUCCUCUCUGUGUAGUCCCUCUUCUUUUUCUACAUAGUGCUCAGCACCCAGAAAGUCCUUAAACAUAUCCUUGAUGUACAGAUUUUUAUUUGUAAUUUUUUAAAUUCUAUUUUAUUAUUACCUUUCUUUGCACUUAAAAAUUAGCACGAUGCUUUCUGUACUUUGAUAUUUUCCAAAAAAAGACAUGACUAUAUUUACUAUUUCUAACUUUCUUUGCUCCAUGAUGGGCUGGUUAAUUUUAUAAAGCACAACCAUGCACAUGCUUUUAAUAUGUUAUUCAAUGUGACAGGUAACUUUUCUUUCAUCAUUUUUUAUAUAAAAUUUUUACUAAU